AUGACUACCGGAAAAAAAUCAAGCAGGCGCAACAGAAGUCGAAUAAACAAGCCUCAAGGUUCAGGCGAUAUGAUAGUAUUUGCUGUUAGGGAGAAGAAACCGCUGUUCCCACCAAUAUCUUUACCCCAUCCUCAUUCAACAAAAGAACAUGUAAUAAAUUUGGUGAAAAAGUUAAUAUCGAAACCCAAGGUCACAAAAUUUCCAAAUUCUUUUAUUAUAUACAGGAAUGCUUAUGUAAAAUAUCUAAAGGACAAUGGGCACAGUAUUCCUAUGAUAAAGUUAUCUCAAAUGUUAUCAAAUUCAUGGAAGAUGGAACCUUUGCAUACCAAAGAUAUUUACACUAAAAUUUCAAACGAGGCAGAAAAACUAUAUGACCAAAUAAUUAAAAUGGACUAUUCUCCACAAGACCAACCGUCUCUCGAUGAAUUACAUCUGUCUCUUACAGAGGAAUUUGAUAAUUGGCUUGCGUAUCUUCCUUCAGCACAAACUCCAUAUUGGUCCUCCCAUCCCUUACAUGACUAUUAUUCUCAAGUGGAGUCCACUAAUGUCCUACCAAACCAGCCAAUUCACUCUUCUUAUAAUACACCCAUCUCCCCAAUUUUCUUCACGGACACUGAUUUUGUUUCUAACAUUACUUUGGAUAGCUUUUAUUCAAUGUUCUAUUCAAACAACGAAUUUUUGAAUUGUUCAUGGGACAUAUUGUGA